AUGGAUGAGUACAGUCUUUCAGCAAUGCUAGAAUCUUUAGGCGAAUUGAAAUCCAGUUUUUCUGCCGCACACACAAGCCUAGAGGAAUUGGACUUCGACUCCAUUGCCAGCGACCUGCCAAGUAACUUCGAUGCUGCUCUAAUCAACCUUAGAGCUACACUGCAACGCGAGAUUGGUAAACGUAGUGCCUCGCAACAUUGCUCCACGCUCAGAAUGAACUCCAGUGAGACCCAAUCAAUAAUUGUGAACGCUAAUAGCUCACGCUUGCCAUUGCUGACACUGCCUAAAUUCAGUGGCGCCUACACCGAGUGGACAAAUUUCUAUUCAAUGUUCACGUCAAUAAUCGACAAGGACAGCGACCUCACCAACAUCGACAAAUUGCAGCAUCUUCGUUCCUGUCUGAGCGGCGCUGCCCUUGACACCGUGCGCUCGCUGGAAAUAAACGACGCUAAUUAUAACACUGCAUUAGAUCUUUUACAAAAGCGCUUCGAUAACAAACGUCUUAUAUUUCAGGCACACUCGCUCGCAUCCAAUGGGAAGAUCGCAGAUGGCAUCAUCGUACAAUUGGUGAUCCAGAAACUCGACAAAAAGACGCAGGCUAAAUGGGAGGAGAGUUCAUCGAUCAGCGAACUGCCAUCCUGGGAUCAAUCAGCUAUGUUCUUGGAGAAGCGCUGCAGAGCACUCGAGAACGUUGAGCAUUCUAUGCAGACACCGACUGGUCAGGCGGUAAAAGCUAACAAGAACACUGGGCAUCAAAUUCGUGACUGCAAAUCCGGAUCGUGCCGCGCCUGUCAGUCGAAACACCACACGCUCUUGCAUUUCGAACGCUCAACUGCAUCGUUAAUCAAUAGUAAAGCCGAAGCUUCGUCGGCAGCUACAGUUCAAUCCAACGCUAUGACUGCAUCGUUAUCUGUGUCGCCUAGUGCCCCAGUAUCUCCUUCUGAUGCUGUGUUCCUAGCUACUGCCGUCGUUCUGGUAAAAAAUCGUGCUGGAAGCUUCGUACCUUGCAGGGCGCUUUUAGAUUCUGGCUCCCAGUUACACUUUGUCACAACUCGCCUUGCAAACCAAUUGCAGCUUGUAAAAGCAAAAUCUUCUGCUACAGUAUCUGGCAUUGGAGAUGCCAAUUUCUCAACGGAGGGUUACUCAGUCGACCUCGUACUGAAGUCACGGACUUCAGAUUUCUCAACAAACAUAACAGCUGUUGUUGUGCAAACCAUAACCGACAACCAGCCUGGCUGCUCCGUGAGCACCAACGAGUGGAAUGUUCCGUCGAAUAUACAACUAGCUGAUCCUGGGUUCAACUUACCGCAGCGAAUUGAUCUGCUCAUUGGAGCAGCAUUGUUCUUCGAUCUGCUAAGUGUGGGGCAGAUACGCUUGGCAUCUGGUUUACCACUCCUUCAGAAAACACGCCUCGGUUGGGUGCUAUCGGGAGGGGGGCAACAAGCUCCAAAACUAUCAUCAUUUGUGGUGCGACGGAAGUCCUCCAGUGAUAUUAUUGCCACUCGGUUGGAAGAUUUAGUGCGUCAGUUCUGGGAAAUCGAGCACAACUUCGAGCCGAUCUCUAAGGCCUCCCAAGAAGAUAUCGACUGCGAAGCCCACUUCCGGGAAAAUUAUUUGCGAUUGUCAUCAGGCGAAUACUCAGUUCGUCUUCCCAUGAAGCGUGGUGUGGAGGCCCUUGGAGACUCCUAUUUGCAAGCUCGUCAACGCUUCGAAAGUCUUGAACGAAAAUUCGCUCGUAACCCUGAGCUUAAAACAGAAUAUAGUAAGUUCAUAAAGGAAUAUCUGGACCUUAAUCACAUGUCGCUAGUUACCAAUGAGGUUUUUCAACAAUGCAAGUAUUUUCUGCCGCAUCAUUGCGUAAUCAAGGAUGACAGUAGCACAACAAAGCUGAGAGUGGUUUUUGAUGGCUCUGCAUCCACUACUUCGGGCUUUUCGCUGAACGACCUACUCAUGGCAGGCCCAACUAUUCAGCCGAAACUUUUUAAUAUCCUUAUUAGAUUUCGUACUUUUCCCAUAGCACUUACUGGGGACAUCUGUAAGAUGUAUAGGUGUGUUCGCGUCACCCCACCAGAUAGCAUGCUCCAAUGCAUAUUGUGGCGUGAAUCUCCUCAGGAAAACUUUGCCAUCUAUAAGUUAGACACGCUGACUUAUGGAACUAAGCCUACGUCAUUUCUGGCCAUACGUGCCAUGCACCAACUCCCAGCUGACGAAUGCUCGACUUAUCCCAUUGGUGCAGAAAUAGUGCGUCGAGACUUCUACGUAGAUGACUUGAUAUCUGGAGGCGAUUCGAUGGAAGAAGUACUGAAUAUCAAGCUACAAACAACUAGCCUCCUUGCUCGAGGAAACUUUAAGUUACGCAAGUGGUGCUCUAAUAGUCGAGAUAUCCUUCGUGAUAUACCUGACGUAGACAAGGAAUGUUUCCUUAAGUUUGACGAUGGCAGUGACAUCACCAAAGCUCUGGGACUAGUUUGGGAUCCGGUCAAGGACAAGCUGCUAUUUUCGUUUGUGCCACAACGAGAACUCGGUAAAAACUCAAAACGCUCUGCGUUGUCUACUCUAGCUCGCUGUUACGAUCCCCUUGGACUAAUGGGCCCUACGCUGACCAAGGCGAAGAUUCUUCUGCAACGCAUGUGGAGAGACAAGCUUGAGUGGGAUGAGAGUCUACCGCAAUCGUUAAACACCGCCUGGUCUGCCUUUUGCAGCGGGUUUGCAGACAUACAGCACCUAUCAUUUCCUCGUUACGUCUUGCAACCUGGGGCCAUUACAGAAAUUCAUGCAUUUUGCGAUGCAAGCCUUGAAGCUUAUGGGGCUUGCGUUUAUACGCGUUCAGCCAAGGAUAGUAAGGUACAAGUGCACCUGUUGUGUUCGAAGGCUCGUGUCGCUCCACUUAAGACUAUCACCGUGCCCAAGCUGGAACUCUGUGCAGCAACACUGCUUGCACAACUCAUGGAUUCCUCCACUGUCCUCUCGUGGCUGCGAGAAGAAUCAUCGAAAUUUAACGUAUUUGUCGCUAACCGAAUUUCCACCAUACAUCAAUUAACGGAGGGCAUGCGGUGGCACUAUGUUCCGACAGCAAUGAAUCCGGCGGACAUUUUAUCCAAAGGAGCUACCCCGCAGGAACUUCUAGGAUCUUCACUUUGGAUGCACGGCCCGUCAUUUUUGCGAGAAGUGGAGGGCAGCUGGCCGCGCAUGUGUCUACCACAACCAAAACUUCCAGAACUUCGACAAAAGGUGUUGCUUGCCGCACAUAACCGCAAUGACAUUUCGCUUUCUUUCAAGUACAUUAAUUCAUUUGGAACAAUGCAGCGCAUUUUUGGAGCUUUGCUAGAUUCUGCGUCACAACUCAACUUCGUAACCAAUCGACUUGUUAGUCAGCUUCAGUUAAAGAAAGUUAACUCGUCACAGUUCAUUUCUGGCAUAGGCCAAAAUGAUUUCACCACCAAUCAUAUCGUUGAUUUAAGGCUCCAUUCGCGUAUUACUGAUUAUACGGCUUACUUGACAGCAGUCGUCACAUCCACCAUUACCGAUAUUCAACCAAGUCGUUCGUUAAAAUGCGUUGAUUGGAACAUACCUUCGAAUAUACGCUUAGCGGAUCCAUUAUUCUUUGAACAUCAACGCAUUGACAUGCUCAUUGGAGCUAGCUUAUUUUUCGUCCUACUUUGCGUUGGUCAAAUACGCUUGGCUGAAAGUUGGAUAGUAUCGGGCGCAACUGCGUACAACGCUGCAAAAUUAUCGUGCCUAGCAGCCAUCGACAUGGGUCUACCAAAUGACUCUGAUGUCGAAUUAAACAAAUUAGUUGAACGCUUUUGGGAAGUAGAAACCUGUAAAGAAUCUUCGCCAAAGACUACGGCAGAAGAAGAUUUGUGUGAAGCUCAUUUUUAA